UAUAAAGAUCAUAGAUAACAGGCCGACAACAUAGUAUACCAAACCCAUUUGGCAAGUCCAAUACAAAACAUUCAAAAACCUCAAAAAUUCUUCAAGUGCAAAAUGUCUACCACUCCUCCGGAAUCAAAAAUGCCAAUAUUUGUUAAUCUACAAACAAACGAUGGCGUUGUCCAUACAGUGGACAUUCGAUUGGCACACCAGUUGGGGGAAACCAUUUGCGGUAUUAUGAGAAUGGAGGAAGGUUGUUACUCGUUUGACAUUAUUCCUUUGCCGAGGAUCAAUGGUGAAAUAAUGGCAUUUAUAAUCAAGUGGUGCACUUUGGUGCAGGAUCUCGAAGACAAUGUAAUGACUAGGAGCAAAGAAAUUUUCUUAAAUCUUCUUAAGAAGGAUAUGGCCCAACCGCAUUUCCUAUUGCAACUCCUUAAGGCGUCGGAUUAUCUUGGAAUGGAAAAUUUCACGGCGGUGGGAGCGAAACUUCUGGCAGAAGCCAUUAAUACCUGUCGAAAUAGCGAGGAGAUUUGUUAUCGUUUCAACGUAGACAGGGAUUAACAAUAAUUUGUGAUGUGCCAAGAAUCAGAAUAUCUUACAAUUAUAAUUUUUUCUUCUCAGGAGAUCCGUAGUUUUUUAGGGGUAGAAAAAGUCCAUCCUUAAGAAUCUGUUUUGUAUUUUGUUUCUACUUAAAAGCGAUCCCUCAAAAUUAUCCGUAUUGGCUUUAAUACAGAAAACUAUUUUCUGUCAGUAGUAAGAAACGCUGUAAUAAAUUUGUAUAAAAAACACUUGAUAAUUUUUGUAAGUAAUUAAAUCUUUAUUAAAUCUCAA